AAUUGCUUCUCUUAACUUCUUUGUAUAUAUAUUUCCUUAAUUUCCUUGGCCUUGUAAACUUACCCUUUCUUUCCUCUCUUUCUUUCUUUAUUUUCUUGUUCGGCAGAUGUCUCCAAUUGAUGUAAAAUCUCCAAAACAUUGUGAAGAAAAAGGCUUCACCGUAGAAAAACUAUUCCCAAAAAAGAAGUUAUUCUUUUGCUUCUCUACAAUUUCCCUCUCUAUACUAUCAUUCAUCUUUCUUCUUUACAUCACACUCCACCCUACAAAACCAAAUUUCACACUAAGAGAAGCUGAUAUUUAUCAACUCAAUCUCUCAGGUCCGCGCCAACUACUCAAUUCCUCCAUUCAACUCACCCUCGUAUCGAAAAAUCCGAAUAAAAAAGUUGGAAUUUACUACGAUGAAUUACAAGUGUAUGCUUCUUAUAAAGGCCAACAAAUUACACUCUAUACUUCUCUUCCUCCAUUUUACCAAGGCCAUGAAGAUAGUAAUUUUCUAUCGGCUUUGUUGAUUGGGAAUGGAUUGCCGGUGGAUCCUUAUUUUGGUUAUGAGGUGCAACGUGACCAAAGUGUUGGAAAAUUGAUAAUGAAUUUGAAAGGAAGUGGUAGGUUAAGAUGGAAAGUAGGAACUUGGGUUUCUGGAAAGUACAGGUUUAAUGUUGAUUGUGUUGCUAUUAUGCCUUUUGGACCAUCUGGUCCCCUUAGUUUUAGACAAGGAGCUCAAUGUUCUACUACCCUUUGAAUUAAGUGAAAUUAAAUAUUACGACCACUAAUUAAAGCCCUUCCUCAAAUAGGGAGUAUAUUUUUCUUCUUUUAGUUUCAUAUUUUGUAUGGUUAUAUUGUAAAUUAUCUUUUGAUAAAAGGUAUGUCAGUACACUAAGCUUCACUUAUGUGCGUGAUUCUGAAAAGAGUCAAAUUAAUAGCCAUGAAAGAGACCAUAUUUGUAACUUUUGUUAUAUAUCAUUGCACUAAGCCUCUCCCUUAUCAUGAAUUAUAUUGAUAAGAAAUAUUAAGGCUUUGUCAAUUUAAUUUCAUGCUAAUAUUUU